AUGACUCCUUUCGCAGAGGCUCUCAGGGAUCGGAAGGCAGAGAGAACCACGAUGUCCUGCCUUGGGUAUAGUGGUCGGGCCGCCUGCCUCCUCCUGCUGGGUAGCUGGUGGACGUACCGAAUCCUCCGCCGUUACUUCCUGGGGCAGGCGAAGGAGGCGAAGGAGGCGAAGGAGGCGAAGGAUGCGGGAGGCAUCGAGGGGGAGAGGUGUCAGCGCAAAUACCGCAGUACAGCUUCGUUCGGCUGUUCGCGGAGGGCGUGGGAUCAUAUGGAGGGCCUGCUGAAGGUGCUGGUGCCGCUCCUCGCCAUGACAGACGAAUUCAUCACGGGCUGGGCGGAGGCGAGCAUCCACUCCGGGGUCGAGCACGCCCACCACGGCAUGACCUACUUCUUCUUCCUGCUGUCUGGCCUGGCUGACCUCAACCCGACCUUCCUUCCGGACCUCGAUUACGUCACUCUCAUCCUCGCCACAGUCAUGCAUGCCUUCUGCAUUUUCUAUGACUUGCAUGGGCGGAAUUCGUUGGACUCUGAGGUCCAUUUGAUUCUGUUCUACGUCGUGUUGGCCUGCGCGGUGUCCACAGCCUUGGAGAUGUGCUACAAGAACAACGUUUUGCCCGCCCUCUGUCGGAGUUAUUUCACGCUUCUGCAGGGAACGUGGUAUUACCAGGUGUGGCGCCUGACCUCUCACCCUGGCGAAGAAUGGGAAAUCUACAGCCCUUCGCAACAGCUGGUUUCCCUGCUCUUCACGUGGCAUGUCGCAUGUGUUUUUCUCCUGGUGUUGGCUUGCGCUGCUUUCGUGAGGAGGAAGAGCGAUCCAGAACCGUUCUUAUUACCUCUCAAUAUUGUCCAGUUGAGGGAAAUGUCGUGGUGA